UCCACUGUUAACGUUGGCCUAAUAAACUGCACUCUAAAAAAUUCGAACGUGUACAGUACCCAAUGCUGUGAUUAGUCACGAGUGCACACAUAUACAUUGGCGAAUGGCAACCUCCGAUUGAUCGAAAACAUUAUUUUGACGCCAGCAUCAGUCGCACUUACGGCUGAUGAUGGACCCUUUUUGAACAUAGGACUUAGCCACACUGAAAACUUACAGAAUCUGCACGAAACUGUGUGGGCUGAUCAAGUAAAUGUUGAGGAACAUUUUUGUCGUUGCCUUGGUGUUGCUGGGGCUGCUUGUUGUGCAUGUCAACACAGCAGACACUGGUACUGGUAUUGUCUAUAAGUAUUGUAAAUCUUGGAAGUUUGUCAGCACCGCCACCGGGGAGUGUCGGAGAUGUCCAGGCUGUAAGCGUGGCCAAUAUCACGACAACUCAACACUGGGUCCACUAGACGAACAGCGAGGAGCUCUCCAAUGUCAUAUCUGUUUGCAAUGUCCAAAGGGCCAAUAUAGCGACCAGCACACGCGCGACUGGAGAGACCUGCGCUACUGUCGUCUGGACCGUAACUGUACCAAGAAGAACCGUCUGUAUAAGAGGAAACCUAAACAGAGCCGAAAGUCUGAGUGUGGACCUUGCUUGGACGGAUACGUUCAGGAGUCAAACUGGGAUGACGAUGAUGGUGUUUGUAACAAGAUACAGAAGACCACCAGUUCACCAGAAGUUAAGGUCACCAGUUCACCAGAUGUCAAGGUCACCACUUCACCAGAUGUCAAGGUCACCAAUUCACCAGGUGGUAUUAAACCCACUAGUUCAGUAGACACAAAUGCAUCAAACCCAGAGGACUACAUUGCACAAACAGAAAGCACCAAACACAAAUCAGUCCAGGGAACUGUUCCUAGACAAAACAUAGGGCACCUGGAAAAGACAGUGAAGGAGGAAGGUAAAAGAAGCCGAGAUCAUCACGAACAGUAUGCCGUAAUCACUAUAGUCCUCUACGUAGUUGGCAUCCUCAUGAUCAUUGGACUGUUAAUCUUCUUUGGUUAUAAACUCCGAAAGAAAACGGUUUGCUUCAACUCAUCAACGAACAAUGAAAGAAGUGAAUCUCCCCUUGGGAAUUCAAAAACUCCACUUAUGGUUGAUGGAGCUUCUUCACAGCAAAGCAGUCCUCAGCAGUCUGUUAUACAUAUAGGUGUUCCUCAAGUUACCACCGAACAGACUGGUUUUCGUGAAACUCUGGGGUCCGAUGUUGUCCUGUUUUCACUUGUGACUGGUGCAUGUGUACAGUCAGUGGUCUGGAAAAGAAUCCAGGGCGGUUUGAUCACUGUCCUGGCUGUGGAUAAUCAGAAGUAUGGAGGUUCGACCAUCACUGACCCCUCCCUUCACAUCUAUCACGUGUGUUUUGAGGACGAGGGUGUUUACCAGUGUACAGCAACUAACGAUGUGGGGACUGGCGCGAGUUCUCUCUGUCACCUCAAGGUCACAAAAAAUCCUGAUCUGGUGUUUACUGGCAAAGAGAUUGCCAGAGCUAAAGGGAUACAGUUACAGCCAUACAAUGAUGGAAUGCUACAUUGUGUAGCCAAUUACGCCACAGGUGACAAGUCGGAGAAUCACAUAAUGGAGAAGCUGUAUGACCAGCUGGAAAUCCCACCACACAGAGUGAAACAGAUCCGGGAGGACUUUAUCAGUAAGGGUGUGAGGGAGUGUGUCCUUGAGACCUUGAGCUGUUAUGUCAAGAAAAAAGACAAAAAAGCUACAGUGUACGCACUGUAUGAAGCUCUUACAGUUUGCCAGUAUUUCUACGAGCUACAGUUUUAUGUUAAAGUGUUUCGAGAUCAGCUUUCAGAAGAAGACAUGGACAUUCCAGUGAAUGAUAAUGGAACCGAUGACUGUGCAGAUGACGAACAGCAAGGAAGCAGUGACAUUUCUGUUGAGGAUUUGCAAGGAACUGAUGACACAUAUGUGUCUGAUGAGCAAGAAACUGUUCAGAUUUCGAUGGGCAGCCCACAAGUAACUGUUGAAGAUGAAGUGAAACUUGGAGUAGAAGAUGUAAGGUUCACCGUUUUGGAUCACUAGGCUUCUGUCCAAACCUAAUACUUUGCUGAUGAACCGUUUUGGAUCACUAGGCUUCUGUCUGAACCUUAUACUUGGCUGAUGAACUGUUUUGGAUCACUAGACUUCUGUCUGAACCUUAUACUUGGCUGAUGAACUGUUUUGGAUCACUAGGCUUUUGUCUGAACCUUAUACUUGGCUGAUGAACCAUUUUGGAUCACUAGGCUUCUGUCCGAACCUUAUACUUGGCUGAUGAACCGUUUUGGAUCACUAGACUUCUGUCCGAACCUUAUACUUGGCUGAUGAACUGUUUUGGAUCACUAGACUUCUGUCUGAACCUUUUACUUGGCUGAUGAACCGUUUUGGAUCACUAGACUUCUGUCCGAACCUUAUACUUGGCUGAUGAACCGUUUUGGAUUACUAGGCUUCUGUCCGAACCUUAUACUUGGCUGAUGUAAAUUUCUUAUUUCUUAAUGAAUACCAAGUAUAUUUCAACAAGUUAGGUUUAUCAAAACAUAAACUUUUUUACCCCACUUAUUGAGAUAUAAAUUAUAUUCAGUAGGAAUUAAGGACUGUACAAUUGAUUAGAUUUUCUUCAUUGAUCUUCCAUUACUUACUGAUCAGGGCUAGUUGAUAAAAUUAUGACAGAUGUAUAACUCGUCUUUGCUCAACCCACCACAUAUAGUUCCAAGGCUGAGGAACAUAAAAAGUAAAUGCUCAGAGGAAAUAUGUGACAUAGAAAAGCUGAUUCCAAAUUAAGAAUAGAUAUGUACUAAGGGAGACAACUUUGUUCAUACACACAAAGUUACCGACCAUUGUUAUUUGCACUGUUUAUACUGAUCUCCAAUAGGUAAGUUAGCUGUAAAAAUGACAAGUGAUACCAGUGUUUUCACUGUUGGGGGAAAAAGACAACUUUAUUAUAGGCUUAAAGCCAAACAUUUUGCCAGUAAAAUAGCGACGAUAGCAUGUAGUAAUUUUUUAAGUCUUUCCAAGUCCUUCUCUCUGUGAUAACGCAUCCACUUAAAUGUGUGUUGGGGUGAAUAACCCAGUGUAGUAGUUGUAAUACGUGUAAUGUGCUGUUUAAGGAAAUUUGAUAUUUUUAUAUUGUUAAAAAAUGAAUUUUCUUUGAACUUAUUUGAUAUUGACAUUGAUAAAAAAAAUGUCUUUAUUUCUUAUUUUAACUCUCCAAUAGCACCUUGUUUCAAACCACUGAAAUGGAAUGGAGACUUUAAAAGAUCUUAUAUUGUAAAUUUCUGUAGUUUUUGUGAAUACAUUGUAUUUAUUUCAUAAAGGAAACAGUUAAAUGAUACAGGCUAGGGUGCCACCCUCUUGUUUGAUAUAUAAUUUAUAUAUACACUUUUUUUUUACUCCAUUUGCUUUUCUAUGCAUGCUUUUUAUAAGUGCUUAAGCUCUAGUGUAGAUUUUAUAUGUACAGAGAAUUAAUGAGUUGGAGAAUUAUACUCGUAUAGCCUUAAAGGAUAUCUGUGUCUGUCUCGUCUGCGACAAAUGUCACAGAGGCUGCUAGGAAAUAGAUAUCACUUUUCUUGCAGUGACGGCAGCGUCAACGUUAUGUUUUGUAUUUUGCUGUUUCUACAAAAGUGUAAUUGUUAGAACAUCAAAUAUAGCCUAGUUGCAUCUUUGCAUCUUCAUUGCUAAUCAUGCAUCACACAGAUGUUACUGACUGUAGCCUACAUUUCACCAUUGACUGUUACAACAGGCUUAUCAAGAUGAAGUUUCUUUGUUUUGCUCCGAUUCAAAGCGAGGACAGGUGAGACAUACAAUUUCAUGGAAUUCUUGUCUAGGUUAUUUCUAUAGAUAUUUUUCUUUGUUUCAAUGUAAGGGAUGACAUAACAGUGAAAUGUUGAGUGAAAGUAUUUUAAACACCAAAUAUUUGUCAAAAAAUAGUUUUUGAUGUUUAUAUUUUUCUCUGAUGAUCAAAUAUCCUGACAACAGUAACCAUCUUUUCAUUCAUCCCAGACCCACAUCUAUACUGGUAGAGAGUAGAGUGUGUCUGUUUAGUAAUGGUAGAGAGUAGAGUGUGUCUGGUCAGUAGUGGUAGACAGUAGAGUGUGUCUGGUCAGUAGUGGUAGACAGUAGAGUGUGUCUGGUCAGUAGUGGUAGACAGUAGAGUGUGUCUGGUCAGUAGUGGUAGACAGUAGAGUGUGUCUGGUCAGUAGUGGUAGACAGUAGAGUGUGUCUGGUCAGUAGUGGUAGACAGUAGAGUGUGUCUGGUCAGUAGUGGUAGACAGUAGAGUGUGUCUGGUCAGUAGUGGAAGACAGUAGAGUAUGUCUGGUCAGUAGUGGUAGAGAGUAUAGUGUGUCUGGUCAGUAGUGGUUGGCAGUAGAGUGUGUCUGGUCAGUAAUGGUAGAGAGUAGAGUGUGUCUGGUUAGUAGUGGUAGAGAGUAGAGUAUGUCUGGUCAGUAGUGGUAGAGAGUAUAGUGUGUCUGGUCAGGAGUGGUUGGCAGUAGAGUGUGUCUGGUCAGUAAUGGUAGGGAGUAGAGUGUGUCUGGUUAGUAGUGGUAGACAGUAGAGUGUGUCUGGUCAGUAGUGG